AUGCGUGCUUUUCAAAAGGUGCCAGCCGUGCUUUUCAGUACGGCCUUCGCUGUAGUUCUCGCUACAGCGGAUACGAGCAGUUCCGCUGAACUCAACUUUCGGCCUGACAAUGUGACUUUGAGCGACCUUUACCGUUGGGUUGGAUCGUACUACAAUGGAACCACAUAUCUUGAUUUCUCUGCUUAUGCUGGACUGGCAGCUUCCGAAACGGAAUAUUGUCCUGUUCUUCGCAAUCAAACGAUCACGACAAAUUACACGUCGUUGCUAGCUCUCACAGAGCCAGCCUCAUACAACGACCUCGAGAAUGACCCAGUGAAUGCCUUUUUGACUCUCUGGCCCCCUGGGUUCAACUUCAGUUCGAUUGCUUCCUGGGAAUCGAUUCAAGAGAUGGUACCCUCCCUGAAAUACGCCCUAUUUUCGUCCAACCCUGUCUAUGACAACUCCUCCUUCUCAGACGGUGACAAUAAUUUCAUCUGGUCCCUUGAGAAAGCCAAGGCCCCGCCUUAUAAUCUCUCAAGUACGUUAGAUGACUAUAAUGGUUUCAAUUACUGGGAGGUCAACAGCACAACAGACUGCGGUGAUACCAAAGUUCUCAGCUGGUCAUUCGCUCCAAUUUCGUUCAAUACAACUUUCAACGGGACCGAGUUCACAAACCCAGUUGUGAAUCUUCAGUUUGAUAACACAACUGCAAACUUUUCCAUGCAGGGUUACUUUGCGGCGGACGCUAUCUCGAAAACAGGGCCGGAUUUUCCGCUUGAUGCAGAGGCCGUAUAUACCUUUGUGGGUAAAUUCGCUAUGAGCUUUUCAGGCGUCAUCGAUAGCUAUCAUUCUGAUGUUUUGCGGAAUGAUACCGACACUCCCACCUGGCUCCCUACUGUUGGCUAUCAGAAUAACUCGUUGAAUGUCGGAUAUACAACUUCGUCAGGGGGUAAUCAACUGGUGCUUGUCUGUUCAUUUUAA